GGGUUCGGGCUCUUUUCUGACCUGCAAAGCUGAACGAGCCUAUGAAAACAACAUGUGAUUCCGGGGGGAAAGAGUAGAUCCUGUAUGUGCUCUGGAUGUAGUUCUGUUUAGCUGGCAGUGUUUGGUGAUUGGGAGCUUUUAUUUAACCUGGGAAAUGACGAUGGCGGGGCAGCCGAGGCCGUGAUGGUGGGGUUGCAUCAUCGCGACGCAUGAUGUUAGUAGUAACACAGUUCUUAAACGCCUUGAAAUAGCAAACUGCCAUGCUGUCAAUUGAGCGAGGUAAAUUACCACGCUUGAAAUCUCCAUAGUACAAAGCUCGGUCCGAAAUAGACCGGUCGGGGCAGUGGAUCUGGGCAGCGCGCAAUAAAAGGUUACCAAAUGCCGCUGCGCUCAAGACAACAUUACCCGGCCACUCCUUCUCCUUGACCCCUCCAUCCUCUCAAAGUAUUCGAUUACAUCGUCACCACUCUCACAAACAUACAUUUACCAUGUCGCAACGAGCAGCACUUCUCAUCGGCAAAUUGUCACAUGCCCAGAAAGAAUGGCAGCAAUGUUCAGAGGUAGCCUCGAAGCUGCACGAGUACUCCGAUGGCAACCGCGAAGACUUCCUCUCAAAGUGCAAGAGUGGGAAAUUCGACGGUGUAUACGCCCUUUACCGAAGCAACGACUCGAAUCCAAUUACCGGAGACUUCAACGCGGAGUUGCUUGAUGCUCUGCCUAAGAGUUUGAAGUAUGUCUGCCACAACGGCGCGGGAUACAACAACAUCGACGUCGCGGCCUGCACAGAGAGAGGAAUCUCCGUAUCAAGCACACCGAUAGCGGUUAACGACGCGACUGCAGAUGUUGCCAUCUGGCUCAUGCUGGGCGCGCUCCGAAACAUCAAGCAGUCCUACAUGGCAGUAAACAAUGGCAAGUGGCGCGGCAACUUCUCCCUCGGUCACGACCCCAAGAACAAGACACUCGGUAUCCUAGGCAUGGGUGGCAUUGGCUCAGCAGUCGCACAUCGCGCAAAAGCAUUCGGCAUGAAGAUACAAUACCACAACCGUCACCAGCUACCGGCGAGCGAAGAGAACGGUGCAAAGUACGUGACUUUUGAUGAGCUACUCAAGACAUCCGAUGUCCUCAGCCUGAACUUGGCGCUCAACCCUUCUACCACACACAUCAUUGGCAAGGAACAAUUCAACGCGAUGAAGGAUGGUGUGAUCAUUGUGAACACUGCAAGAGGUGCAUUGAUUGAUGAGGCAGCUUUGGUCGACGCGCUGAAGAGCGGCAAGGUCUGGACAUGUGGGCUGGAUGUGUUUGAGGAGGAGCCGAAGAUCCAUCCAGGGCUACUGGAAUGCGAGAAUGCGGUAUUGCUGCCUCAUGUUGGAACGGCUACAUACGAAACCCAGCGCGACAUGGAGAUACUGGUUUUGGACAACUUGAAGUCGGCUAUCAAGAGCGACAAGCUGUUGACGCAAGUACCUGAACAGAAGAGCAAAGCGAACCUAUAGUUGAUGAUUGACGGAUCCUACUUCAUGAUUAGAGACACUUGUAUUUCAACCCGAGUAAUGAAGAGAAUAACAAUAUCAGCACGCCUGUAGCCUGCCUAUC